AUGCCGAACCCACGUGUGUUUUUGGACGUUCAAAUCAAGAAGAGAGAUAACGUUUUGGACCAAGGAAGGAUUGUACUCGAGCUACGCGCUGAUGUUUGUCCGCGAACAGCCGAGAAUUUCCGUGUCCUAUGUACUAGGGAACCUGGGGAAGGAUACAAAGGCUCUUCUUUCCAUCGUGUCAUUAAAGACUUCAUGAUUCAAGGGGGUGACUUUACGGCGGGUAAUGGUACCGGAGGCAAAUCAAUUUAUGGCAAUAAAUUCGAAGAUGAAAACUUUAUUUUGAAACAUACUGGUCCUGGUGUGUUAAGUAUGGCGAAUGCCGGAAAGAAUACGAAUGGUUCUCAAUUCUUUAUUUGUCUUAAACAGACAAGUUGGCUUGAUGGUGCCCACGUAGUGUUUGGACAUGUUGUUGAAGGGAUGAAUGUUGUCGAACGAAUAGGCGAGUAUGGCACUGAUAGUGGAAAACCAGCUAACGGUGCAACCAUAAUCAUCGCCAACUGCGGCCAACUCCCUUAG